GUGGCGCUGUGGCUGGACUGGCGGGAGCCGCUGCUGGAGGGGCCCCUCGCGUCUGCAGGGUUCUGUUAGCCAUGGCUGCUGUUGACAGUUUCUACCUCUUAUACAGGGAAAUUGCCCGGUCUUGCAAUUGCUACAUGGAAGCUUUAGCUUUGGUCGGAGCCUGGUACACUGCCAGAAAAAGCAUCACCAUCAUAUGUGACUUUUACAGCUUGAUCAGACUGCAUUUCAUUCCUAGAUUGGUGAGCAGAGCGGAUCUCAUUAAGCAGUACGGAAGAUGGGCAGUUGUCAGUGGUGCCACAGAUGGUAUUGGAAAAGCGUAUGCAGAAGAGUUAGCAAGCCGAGGUCUCAACAUUGUCCUUAUCAGCCAGAAUGAAGAGAAGCUGCACAAGCUUUCCAAGACCUUAGCUGAGACCUACAAAGUUGAAACAGAGAUUAUAGUUGCGGACUUCUCCAAUGGCCGCGGAAUUUACUUACUUAUUAGAGAAGCACUGCAAGACAGAGACAUUGGUAUCUUGGUGAAUAAUGUUGGAGUGUUUUAUCCCUACCCACAGUAUUUUACUCAAGUCUCUGAGGACAAACUGUGGGACAUUAUUGAUGUAAACAUUGCAGCUGCCAGCUUGAUGGUCCAUAUAGUAUUGCCAGGGAUGGUGGCAAGGAGGAAGGGUGCGAUUGUGAACAUCUCCUCCGGCUCCUGCUGCAAACCCACUCCCCAGAUGACUGCAUACUCGGCAUCGAAGGCUUACUUAGACCACUUCAGCAGAGCACUGCAAUAUGAAUAUGCUUCUAAAGGAAUUUUUGUGCAGAGCUUAAUCCCAUUCUCUGUAGCUACAAAUGCGAAAGCGUGCAGUAGCUUUCUACAUGGCUGUUCUUGGUUGGUGCCAUCACCAAAAGUAUAUGCACAUCAUGCAAUUGCUACUCUUGGAAUCUCAAAAAGGACCACAGGGUACUGGUUUCAUUCAAUUCAGUUUCUUUUUGCGCAGUAUAUGCCAGAGUGGCUCUGGGCAUGGGGAGCAAAUAUUAUCAACAAUUCAUUGCGUCAUGAGGCCUUAUCCCAUAGAUUGUGAACCUGGAUAUAUCACCUUAGGAAGUGUUGCCAAAUUAUGUGAACCUACAGUAUUCAGAGCAUUGGAAGAACAACAUUUCAUUUUAAUUGUGUAUUUGCUCUUAACUAUUUUGCUGGCACCUUAUUGUUGCAUCAUUGAUAAAACAGACAUGGUACUUUUAAAGAAUCUAUUGGGGAGCUGCCUGAAGGCGUUGGCACAGGGUUAAUAUUGAAUGUGAUGAGAACUGAUCUAGGAAGCCUGGAAUUGGGUAUUCCUUUUUUUAAUGUAAGCUACUGGAAAAACUAUGUCAGUGAGUCAGUGUUGUGCUAUGAACCAAGAUGAUCUGAAAUGGAAAUGUACUCACAAUUGGAUUUGUUGGGUCUUUUCAUUUUAAAUCUUCUUCUUUUAAGAGUGGUCAUGUGUUUCCUUCAAAGAAUUAUAAUUUUUCUUCUAAAAAAAUAACUGGAAAAGAUGUGUUUAAAAAAACUAUUUUGAAGCUAAAAAUGGCUAGUGUUAGUAGCUGUAGAAAUCCAACUCCCUAUGUGUAUUGUAUUACAUAGAUCUUGUAGUUUGAAUCUCUUUUGAGGAAAAUGCUUUUCCAUCCAAGAACAGACUUGUAUUAGACAAGUUUGAAAGUUGAUCAUAUUUAGAAAAUGGUGAGAUCUGUAUGAGCAACUUUAUAACUAAUGGGCAAGUCAGCUUUUAAAAGAUAUAUGUAAAGUGGCUUUAAGUGGGAGCUUCAUGGGAUUUAAAAAAGUAUUUAAAUCCAAUCCAAAAGAAAAGUCUCUCCAGUUUUGUGACCCUCUAUAGUCUAGCAGUCCAAGUUAUUACUUUCUGUUAAGUUCUUACCUUCUUUGGAGCUAACCCUUUGCCACAGCUGCAAAUACAUUAUGAAGUUUUUCAAGCAUUUUUUUUAAUUUAUACAAUUCUUUUGGAUAAUAUACUUAUUUUCAGUGUGUGUUAUUUUUUUUAACUUAAAUCUUGCCCUUUAGAAAGAAAAUUAUCUCAUAAUUUUCUAUGUGAUAGUUCCAGUAGCAUUUAUUGGUAUAAACAAAAUUGUUUGCUGAGGUAGUUAAAAUGUGGAGUAAUUAUGUACUAUGUAUUGUAUCUGAUGAAAUAAGUACAGAUUUAGAAGUAUAAUCUUAGUUUGUGCAAUGAAUGUAAUGAAUAAAAUGAACAAUUGUGUUGGAGUAAAAAUGACUAAACUGCUUAGGCAGGAUUAGUUCUGAAAUACAAUGUGUGUGAUAUUUUGGGUUUAGAUCAUAGUGUCUUAUUUGAAAACUCUUGUGAGAACCAUCCAGUGCUGUCAAAACUGUGAAACUCUAUACAAAUGUAAGGUAUUGUUAUUAUUUACAUAUUGAUAAUUCUGCAUUUCAUUUUGUGACUCCAGUGCAGAUAUAUAUUGAGUAUUCGUAAG